AUGUCCACCACCGACAAUCUCGUAUCACAACUCAACGAACGUCUUGCCCAAUUGCAUAUCAUUCACAAUGAAAUUGGAACGUCAACCAACAAACAACAACAGCAAAAACAACUUUUAUUUGAAGCCAUGAUUCGUGCAGCCGAUCAGCAUGUCGACCAGGUCGUUAACGAGCGCAAUGCCCUUGAAGACAACAUCCACGCCACACACGCACGCAUUUUGACCUUGAAGCGACUCAUGGGGGAAUUUGUUACGGACAAUGGCUUUGUACGCAAAGACACUCUCUUGGCAACUUUGCAGGACUUGGAAAUGGAGAAGCAAGUCGUACAAAAGCAAUAUGAAAAGCGACUUGAAGGGGUCCUAGUCUUGCAACAAGAGUUGAUACGAUUCCGCGAAUGUCUCCAGAGCUUUGUGAACAGUGAUUUGAUUACCGAGCAAGAUACGGAUGUUUCUACGCCUGCAGUGGCUGCUAUGGAGGAGGAAAUCAAACGUUGUCAAAAUGAAUUUCGCGCACGGACACAGUACCUGGACAAGUGCGUCAAACAAAUUGUCGACCUAUGGAUGGUGCUUGGGUUACUACCACAGGAUGAUCGUGAUAGCGACUUGUAUCAGUUAUACGACGCCGAUGUGACAGCACCUGAAAAACUGGCAUUAUACAACAAACUCGUGAGCGAUGACAAUAUACAUGAUAUCGAACAAAGGAUCAAAGAGCUGGAGACACUGCAGCAAGAACGUGAAUUUCGAAAGCAAGAAAUCGUGCAUCGGCUCAAUCAUCUAUGGGAUCGACUCAAAGUGCCAAAGAAUGAACGUGAUGCAUUCCGACAAAAGCAUAAUGGAUUGAAAGAGCAGGAUAUCAAAGAGUACGAGAAGCUUGUUAAUGAUCUCAGCAAACUCAAGUCAGAGCGAUUGGAUGACUUUAUACAAGGUGCACGGGAGGAUUUGGUGCGUUUAUGGGAUCAGCUUUACCUUUCUCGUGAAGAACGACAACAAUUCAAACCAGCAUUUGAAGACCAAUACAACGACCAUUUGCUGGAUCUCCAUGAGAAGGAAAUUAGUCGACUACAGCUGCUUGUUGAAGACCGAAAGUACAUCUUGGAUCGUAUCGAGCGUUAUACGAAGCUCACAGAAGAAGUCAAGGAGUUUGAGGAAAUCACCAAUGAUCCAUCUCGGUUGUUUAGUAGGGGUCAACGUGAUCCUGGUCGAUUGUUACGAGAAGAACGUUUCCGCAAGAGAAUUGCUAGGGAGUUACCCAAGGUCAAGCAUGAACUUGAAGGAGCAUUACUUGAGUUUGAAGUGACGCAUGACAAACCAUUCUGUGUCUAUGGCAAGCCGUACCUUAAGGAGAUCAUGGAUAGCAACAUCAAUGGGCCAACGGAUACGGGCAAUAGCCGAACACCACGUCGUCAUCAUAUCCAAAAUGACAUUGAUGAGGAAAUAUGCUACAGCAAAGCAGCCACCAGUCCUCGCUACAAAUCACCAAGCGCACGUCGCAUUUUCCGCACACCACAACCUCGUCGUACAUAUGACUUUAAUGCACGUCUUGCUCAAAUCAACCGCCCCAAUCCACCACAACGACAAAAGUCAUCUACGGAUGAACCAAGCAUCCUUCAUCGUGUGCGCGCUCAUAACAUUCGAAAACGACGUGCAGCAAUAGCCAAAGCAGGCCGCUCAGCACAAGAUCGAACCAGUGGAAGCAGCAGUGAUUACACAUUCGAUAGUAGUCUCUUUUCGGAUAAUGCGGCCAAUGAUGAAAAUACAGCUCCCUCUGACAAUGGCUCGGAACACUUGACAACGCCCUCUCAUCAGAAAUUGAAGCAACGAGCAAGCCCAAAACUAUUCAGUGACGACGAUGAUGCUCUCGAUUUCGAUAUCUUUGAUGAUGGGCCAGAGCUAAGCGAGUUAUCGGCUGACGAAGCAUGA